ACACCUCGUCGAGCUAAUGCAGCAGAGAAACGAGUUUCACGGCGCUGACACACGACAAUGUGGUACCAUAACAUGGGAAGAGUUCGUGGUUGGAGUUCGUCACAUGUUGGCAGUGUCCGACUCGAUCGGUGAUGGAUGGCAUUUUCGUGGAUCACUGGAGGAGCACGGAGGUGGUUAUCUGGUCAAAAGGAUGGACUACCCUGUAGCCAUUGGAGAGACGCCGGAGAGAACUGUAUCCGCACGGAUGGAAGAUGCGACGGUCGAUCACGAUUCGAUGACGGAACUUUAUGAAAAUGAUCCAUGCAGCAUUGAUGCCGAUUCUUCUUUCCGUCAAGUCUAUGGCGAAUUUCACGUGCUGUACAGUCUAGCACACGCCGUGCCUACACUCUAUUUGAGAGCCUGGAGACGAGAUGGAAGCUGCCUUGAAGUUGAAGAAUUAUGGAGGGAUUUAACUGCUGCCGAACGACGUCCUUCAUCUGACGAAUCCGAACGACUUCGUUCGUUGACGCAACAGGAGCACCCUUUCCUCGGGGAGCCGUGGUACCAUCUGCAUCCGUGCCGGACGGCCGACCUGAUGGAUCAGAUCGCGGGCAACGACGUCGACCGAAUUGACGCAAAGCGAUAUUUUAUCCGCUGGAUGUCAACAGUGGCUCCUUUAGUCGGCUGUCCCGUCUCUCAUCAUUACGCAUCCUUCCGGUAAACGCCCCAGAGCCGUUUGCAACAGGUACGGCGGCUAUCAUCAACAACCUCGUGGACUCUAUUUGUCCUCUGUCAACCCAGAAAUUUACUAAUCGAUUUUUACAGUAAUAAAAAAAAAAUUUCGAAUUCGUUAUUUCUAUGCGUUCGGGUAAGAAAACAAUUAGAUUUCAUGCAAUCCGACAAUGGCUGUGGAAUGAUCAAUAACUGUCGGCAAAGUUCCUCUAUUGGAAUGAUGUACCAUUUUGUCAAGGAAAUGAUGUUUGCGUGUCGCCACGUUCGGACAUCAUCAUCAUGGUUGCGAUGACAACGACGCAUACCUUAAUAUAGUUUCGAGCUACUAUUGUUGUUUCCCUCCUGUUCUUCACAACACGCGCUCGUCACGGCCGUGUUAUGACGAGAGGAACAUACGGACGUUACCAAUAAAACCCUGGAUGAUUGCUUUCGCGGUCCUGAUUGUCCGACCCACUCACAGUUCGCGUCUGAGCAACCCGAGAGAAAAGAAAAGCGAAAACAUGAAAAGAAACAAGGCCAUCUGGCAGUCCAGUGAGCUAUGAAUGUUUUCCUGGUAUUUUAAUGAUGCCAUAAUUCGCCCACUGGUCUUUUUAUCCAACAUGUACGUGCGAAACGCUGCAAGUGACAACGGGAAGAGGUCAAUAUCGAGUGCAAAAUCCUUUCUCUACUUUGGUACAUCCCUUUUCUUGUUAAAACACAAAAUAAAAGACGUCGAUAGAGCGGCAUUGUUGAGUCUGCGCGCUUGCGUUGCACGCGCAAAACUUGUCGUUUCGUCCAUGUUCCAGCUCUCGGAGACUACAGGUGUCUUGUACGCACGGUCGUGGACUACACACGAGACCUGCCAAGAGGUGCCGAGUCUUGAUCGUGCGACGGAUGCAACAGCAGCCAGUUAAAGAAGAGAUUACUCCGCCGACGGUUCUUUUACAUCAGUGUCUCCCUGCGCAACGUAAUCCAUAACUUCAUCGUCAGAAGACUCUUUUGCU